GGAAUCCCAGGAUGCAACACCAUUAUCCCGGAGUAUAGCAGAAAGUACCAGUAGCUUCAUCAUAUUCACAGACUCCCCCCAGGUACAUAUCCUUUUAUUGUUGCUGUUACGAGCCCCGUGGCUUUAAACGUCUAGGGUGGAUGGACAAGAGACCCGUAACAUAAUUCAUGCAAAUUAGAAGCGUGACAUGGAACAGUGAGAACAAAAACUACACGACAACCAUAAACUACCGUCGAACAUAAAAUGUUUAUUUUUGAACACACGGUAAAGGUUUGGGAAAAAGGGCUGAGCAGGACCCAAGAAAUGAAACAAUAGUGUAAAACACCCCUAAACUGAUCUUGCCUGCCUCAAGAACCGCUAAGCUACUGCUAAUCAUACAAAUAUUACAGUGGGUGGUCAGCUCAGGUCUAACUAGUGUUUUUAGACCGUUUUCUUCCUACGGGUAAUGUACGCCCAAGGGCAACUUGCUUAAAUCCCCCUUUUCCCAGAAACACACAACAAAGUUACCAAACAGAGUAACCAGCAAAUGAGUGAGUACACAAAACACAGGACACCACAGUAUCCAUACUCACAUACGGAAAUAGUCUCUAACAACAAACACAACUGACCGGCUUUUAAACAAUGGUAUGUGUGAUUGAAAAACCAGAAACAGGUGGUGCAAUGCAGAGGAAUGUUCACUGAUUGGUCCACCUCAGCAAUCAGCAGACACCCCAACGACCACCAAUCAGGAACAUACAGGACACCUGUGAUUAGGGCAGAAGGAGAGGAAAAACACAAAAAGACACAGGAUACCUGGAUCCGUAACAGUUGCUAUAGCUUCAGCCAAUAGGAUUCACAGGAUGUGAGCAGUGGUACUGUGAAUAUAAACUCCUAUCGUUUCUUUAAGCAUGGUGUAAGACAUUGGUUAUUGUCGUGACACCAAAUCAAUAUCUGUUCUGUUCUAUAAGCAGGAGGAAAGCCCUGAGGAAAGCCCUGUAAAUGUGAAGCCUAAAAUAAGGUAAGCCCCAAUUCAAGACUUCUUCUUCUUUCAAGAUGUUGAUGAAGUUGUUUUUAUUUUACCUGGACUAUCUGACCUCUGACCUCCUCUUUAGACUAGCAGCUAACUUCCAGAUGUCACCGGUCAAGACCACACAGGUAUUAGCCUCCAAGAUACUAAAUAAACCCUUCUGGGAGAAGUAUCUGGCUUGAUUGAUUGAUUGAUUGGUUGGUUGAUUAAUUGAUUGAUCGGUUGAUUAGAUUUAAUUUAUUUGACAGAGAUUGCGCAAAGCCACUGACUUAUUUCCUUUGUGGUCCAAGAUGAAAGUAAUUAUCUUGAUUAUACAGUUACAGCUGUGGUGAAAUAUAUAAUAUAAAUAUAUUGGCAGCCUUGCACUUUUCUUCAAUCAUUCCAAAUUCUUCUAAAAUAAGUUGAAAUAGAAAAAAAUAAAAAAUAAAAAAAAUAAGACAAAUGUCAUGGACAAUAUUACUGGCACCUCUGAGUUAGUACUUGGUUGCACAGCCUUUGGCCAAGAUAACUGCAGACAAACUUCUUGUAGACAUCAAUGAGCUUGCUGCACCUUCCUCCUGGCAGUUUGGCCCACUCUGCAGCGGCAAACUGCUCUAAUUCUUUGAGGGGUGUCCUCCACCAACUGCCGUUGUCAGAUCUCGCCAUAGGUUCUGGAGGUGAGUCAAAUCUGGAUACUUCGCAGGCCACUCCAGAACAGUUGAGCAUCUCUUCUUGAAACCAUUCUUCUGUGCUUUUUGAUGUGUUGUUUUGGGGUAGUUGUCCUGCUGGAAGACCCACUUCAAUGGAGACCCAGUUUUUGGACACUAGGUUGAACAUUGGACUCCAAAACACCCUGAUCAUCUGCUGAGUUAAUGAUGCCUUGCACACGUUCAAGACCCCCCAGUAACAGAGGCAGCAAAGCAUUUUCUGGAAUGUAGAAAAUCCAAUAACAAUAUGUAGAGACCAAACUGUCAUUUCAAUAGGGAAAUAUUUAAGAAAAGUGCAUGGGUGCCAAUAUAUUUGGCUGCAACUGACUGUAUCUGAUUACUGUUAUGGUAACUGAAACACAACUAGAAAUGUGAUCUUCUGGCAGUUUGUUGUAGACUCAUCUAUAAACAUGUUGUAUAGCAGGGCAACUGAUGCCUUUUUGAAGACCCUCGGAUCAAAAAAAGUAUUAUUAUUGCAUUUUUGAGGGAACUCAGUCGGGGUCUCAAUUUACUGUUGCGAGUUAGAAAAGUAGACUACACAAGGUGCAAUUUCUAAAUGUGGCUGUGCAUCAGCGGUUUUACUCGUGUUCUGUCAGUCACUGACAGUCAGUCAAUCAGCCCAUGUCAGCUAACAUUUUUCUGAUCGCUAAGUUAGUUUAGCGGCCAGCUAUCAAAACUUGUUAUCAUGGUCUAAUUGCCGGCCGUGGGGCCCCCAUUGAUUUUGUUAGUCAGUCUCACUCAGAUAUCAUAUUAAAAACGGCAAAAAUUAGUUAUAAAAUUGCAAAGUCUUCUCUCCGCCCCACGUCAAAAUGUGUAGAACUCUAAAAUAGAUUAGGGUUGUCAUUAUGAAAAUGUGGCUCUGGAUAGUCAUAAUAAUAUCAAUUUAUUAAUAAUACUCAAUCACCGUUCGCAAAAAAAUCUGUUCAGUUCAUGGCUGAGCGCAUAUAGAGUUGAAGCCGAUGCUCUCCGCUGGUGCCAAUAAGAUAGGUUGUUACUGUUGUAGGAAAUUAUGUUGAGAAUUUUGAAAAAUACAGUCUUUACAUUGUCUUCUCUUUACAGAAAUAGACAUUUCCAAACUACGUUUUCCUGUGAUUUUAUUUUAUUUUAUAUUGUGAUAUGGCCUGGUUUGGCCUCUUCUUUUCACACAGUCACAACUCAACAAUAAUCUGCCCAAAUUUUCGCACUCUGCCUUUCUUUUCGACUGUAGGCAAUGCGAUUUUAAAACAAUCCACAACUUUAAAAUGUUUAUGGCUAAUGGAAGCUAAUGAUCCUCUGUGGCUUUAGGAGCCUAUUCUGUUCAGACCGGAGUAGGCUAAUUAGGCUAUAUACAUUUUAUUCAAUUCACUUAGGGAAAGCUUCCCCUUUCACGCGAAUGUGGAUUCAGACAAUGAGAGACAGUUGAAAACCAAUAGAACAUGAGAGAAACUAGAGGCUACUGGUUCCAACGGCAGCACGGAAGUCUGUAUGAAAUAAUUGCCUCCAUGGAUAUGGUGGGGUUUUCCCUGGGUUACUUUGAAGCGAGGUAAAACGUGUAGUAAAUCAUUCAGGUUUUAAAAAAAAAAAAAAAAACGAAGUAGCUGUAUGUUUUCAAAAUGCCUCCAGCUUCAUUGAAAAGUGGUGUGCUGAUGACGCCUGCCUUCUGUUGCAUUUGAAUUGCGAAUGGAAACCACGCUUCCAUUAGCAGUAAAGAAACAACAACAACAACAAAAAACUAUUUUUAACCGUGGCCCAAAAAAACUAUUUUUGACACACGAUUGCAUUUAGAAUUGUUGCGUAGUAUUUGGGCUUAUAAAAGUGCCGUCUGACAGAUUUUCCUUCAAAGGCUUUGUAUCUGUAUGCUGUAUGGUGUGAUGAAUAGUAUACUCUCGGCUCUCUCUCUCUCUCUCUCUCUCUCUCUGUCUCGGCUCUCUCUCUCUCGGCUCUCUCUCUCUCUCUCUCUCUCUCUCUGUCUCGGCUCUCUCUCUCUCGGCUCUCUCUCUCUGUCUCGGCUCUCUGUCUCUCGGCUCUCUCUCUCUGUCUCGGCUCUCUCUCUCUCUCUCUCUCUGUCUCGGCUCUCUCUCUCUCUCUCGGCUCUCUCUCUCUCUCUCUCUCUCUCUCUCUCUCGGCUCUCUCUGUCUCGGCUCUCUCGCUUUCUGUCUGUUUCUCUGCCUCUGUUUCUUCCUCCGUUUGUCUACAUACACAGUGCAUUCGGAAAGUAUUCAAAACCCCUUUACUUUUUCCACAUUUUGUUACGUUACAGCCUUAUUAUAAAAUUGAUUAAAUUGUUUUUUUCCCCUCAUCAAUCUACACACAAUACCCCAUAAUGACAAAGUAAAAACAGGUUUUUAGAAAUGUUAGCAAAUGUAUAAAAAAUAUACUGAAAUAUCACAUUUACAUAAGUAUUCAGACCCUUUACUCAGUACUUUGUUGAAGCACCUUUGGCAGCGAUUACAGACUCAAUUCUUCUUGGGUAUGACGCUACAAGCUUAUCACACCUGUAUUUGGGGAGUUUCUCCCAUUCUUCUUUGCAGAUCCUCUCAAGCUCUGUCAGGUUGGAAGGGUCUCUCCAGAGAUGUUCGAUCGGGUUCAAGUCCGGACUCUGGCUGGGCCACUCAAGGACAUUCAGAGACUUGUCCCAAAGCCACUCCUGCGUUGUCUUGGCUGUGUGCUUAGGGUCGUUGUCCUGUUGGAAGGUGAACCUUCACCCCAGUCUGAGGUCCUGAGCACUCUGGAGCAGGUUUUCAUCAAGGAUCUCUCUGUACUUUGCUCCGUUCAUCUUUCCCUCGAUCCCGACUAGUCUCCCAGUCCCUGCCACUGAAAAACAUCCCCACAGCAUGAUGCUGCCACCACCAUGCUUCACUGUAGGGAUGGUGCCAGGUUUCUUUCAGACGUAACGCUUGGCAUUCAGUUCAAUCUUGGUUUCAUCAGACCAGAGAAUCUUGUUUCUCAUGGUCUGAGAGUCUUUAGGUGCCUUUUGGCAAACUCCAAGUGGGCUGUCAUGUGCCUUUUACUGAGGAGUGGCUUCCGUCUGGCCACUCUACCAUAAAGGCCUGAUUGGUGGAGUGCUGCAGAGAUGGUUGUCCUUCUGGAAAAUUCUCCCAUCUCCACAGAGGAACUCUGGAGCUCUGUCAGAGUGACCAUCGGGUUCUUGUUCACCUCCCUGACCCAACGCCCUUCUCCCCUGAUUGCUCAGUUUGGCCGGGCGCCCAGCUCUAGGAAGAGUCUUGGUGGUUCCAAACUUCUUCCAUUUAAGAAUGAUGGAGGCCACUGUGUUCUUGGGGACCUUCAAUGCUGCAUACAUUUUUUGGUACCCUGCCCCAGAUCUGUGCCUCAACACAAUCCUGUUUCGGAGCUCUACGGACAAUUCCUUCGACCUCAUGGCUUGGUUUUUGCUCUGACAUGCACUGUCAACUGUGGGACCUUAUAUAGACAGCCUUUCCAAAUCAUGUCCAAUCAAUUGAAUUUACCACAAGUGGACCCCAAUCAAGUUGUAGAAACAUCUCAAGGAUGAUCAAUGGACACAGGAUGCACCUGAGCUCAAUUUAGAGUCUCAUAGCAAAGGGUCUAAAUACUUAUGUAAAUAAGGUAUUUGUUUUUUAUUGUUAAUAAAUUAACAAACAUUUCUAAAAUGGUUUUUGUUUUGUCAUUAUGGGGUAUUGUGUGUAGAUUCAUCCAUUUCAGAAUAAGGCUGUAAUGUAACAAAAUGUGGAAAAAGGGAAGAGGUCUGAAUACUUUCCGAAUGCACUGUACAUAACUAAUAUACACACUCCAAUUUAAUUUCACUAAAUUAAAGCCAUAGACUGAUAAGCAUGACUGGUCAAAUGUAUUUACAUCAACUGUUAUUUCCAUCAAUGAAUAUGACGCUAAAAAUUAUUAUUUUGCAGUGGGAUGUUUUUCUUCUCCCGGACAAUUGGCCGGUGCCAAUUUAAUUGAUCGGCUUUUCUAUUGUUUUUGCGGCCAAAAUCCGUCUAUUACCGACUAAUGGAAACGUUAUGGAUGUGGGUACGCAGACCUGCGGGCAGCUGCGGGCCCUCAUGAUGACUUCAGAUUUUUUUGUGGCCCCCACCCCCAUCAAAGUUGCCCACCCCUGCUGUUGAGGAUAUAUGGACUGCAGUAUUAAAUGUUUGAUUGAGUGUUUGUCAUUGUUUUUCUAAGGAAGGCCCCAAUUUAAAAGGCAACAUUGGAAGGACAUCCAACCAACCAGUUAUAUCUAGGUACAUUAUGGGGUUACUUUCAGCAUGACAACUAUCCUCAUUUUAUCUAGCCCACAUUUUAAUGUACAUUUACAUUUACAUUAUUUAGCAGACAUAUUGAAAUCUAUUGCUGAGGGAAUCAUCUAUGAUACUGAUGACAAUACAGUUUGAUAAUGUUGAUGGAUUGAUUAUUUAAAUAUGGUUUAUUUUCUCAGGUUUUCAUCAGAGUUUGAUUCGAUAGAGAAGAUUGGCAAAGGAGGCUUUGGCCACGUUUACAAGGCUCGACGGAAACUGGAGAAUAAGUAUUUUGCUGUGAAGAUAGUACGGAGUACAGAGUAAGUCAAUUAUGUUCUGUUGUUACUUCAGCAAUGAAGUAAGAUCUUUCACUCAAUGCAGCCACAGCAUAAUAUUCAACACUUUGAGGGAUUUCACUGUGACUCUUUCCUCAGGAAAGCCAAGCGGGAGGUCGGUGCCUUGGCAGAACUUCAGCACCCCAACAUAGUGCGUUACUACACCGCCUGGGUAGAGGACACCGAGUACCGAUGUGACGCCGCUUCUGAGAGCUACAGCACUUCACAGUAACAUUAUUACUACUGUCCCUGUCGUAUGGCACUAUGUGAUGUUACGGAAUAAUGACAUUUUACUAUAAGAACAUUUUACGUUUACAUGUUAGUGUUGCGUUCCCCAGCGAGAAAACCAAAAAUGUCGCUCAAACAGAAGGGGGAACUAACAACCAAAACUAAACAGGGGGUUUUAGGAGGGGUUCUGAAAGGCACUCAUGGGGGGUGUCCACUGAAGGUUUACUAGCAACAACUGGCACCUAAAGGACACCCACCAUGAGCUGGGACCUAAAGGACACCCACCAUGAGCUGGCACCUAAAGGACACCCACCAUGAGCUGGGACCUAAAGGACACCCACCAUGAGCUGGGACCUAAAGGACACCCACCAUGAGCUGGCACCUAAAGGACACCCACCAUGAGCUGGGACCUAGAGGACACCCACCAUGAGCUGGGACCUAAAGGACACCCACCAUGAGCUGGGACCUAAAGGACACCCACCAUGAGCUGGGACCUAGAGGACACCCACCAUGAGCUGGGACCUAAAGGACACCCGCCAUGAGCUGGCACCUAGAGGACACCCACCAUGAGCUGGGACCUAGAGGACACCCACCAUGAGCUGGGACCUAAAGGACACCCACCAUGAGCUGGGACCUAAAGGACACCCACCAUGAGCUGGGACCUAGAGGACACCCACCAUGAGCUGGGACCUAAAGGACACCCACCAUGAGCUGGCACCUAGAGGACACCCACCAUGAGCUGGGACCUAGAGGACACCCACCAUGAGCUGGGACCUAAAGGACACCCACCAUGAGCUGGGACCUAGAGGACAACCACCAUGAGCUGGGACCUAAAGGACACCCACCAUGAGCUGGCACCUAAAGGACACCCACCAUGAGCUGGGACCUAGAGGACACCCACCAUGAGCUGGGACCUAGAGGACACCCACCAUGAGCUGGGACCUAGAGGACACCCUCCAUGAGCGCCCACUAAAUUUGCCUGAGUAGAUGCAAACCAAAAGAAAAGCCACCCCAAACUUAAAGACAGGAAGCAAACCAAAAAGGUGGAGCCAAACCAAAUCAGAUAAAGGAUUGUUUGUCUAGAAAUCAAAUAGGGAGCAUCAACUAAAGGUGUUGACCCUCCACAUCUCUCAAGAUAACUGGAGCACUGGGCCAGCCACUCUUAAAUAUCACCGGGGCCAGCACAGGUGUAACACCUUUCCACUAACUAGAUGGCAACCAGCACAGGUGUAACACAUACUGACUAACGAGGUGACGCCAAUCGGUGCGCCCUACGGUGCGCCCUACGUGCAACCUCAAAACAUAAAUGGAAAAACCGAAGCCUGUAACAUUAGUCAUUAAGCAAACAUUCUUAUCCAGAGGGACUUAGUCAGUGUAUUCAACUAAGGUAGAUAAAUGACCCCAUAUCAUAGUGCGUAAAAAGAACAAUCAUAUUUUCCCUUUUAUUGGUAUAAGUUGUUGCUGCCAUUUCAGUAAGGUCUGUUCCCAUUUCAGACCAUUUGACCAACUGAAACUGAAAAGCAUGAUAUUGUUCUUUACUUCCUGGUGCUUUAGUUCAGGCAGCAGUUCGUCCUCUGAGUUCCUGUACAUCCAGAUGGAACUAUGUGACAAGAGGACUUUAAAAGUGUGGAUCGAUGACAGGAACGCCCAUCGGAAACCCAAACGCAGGGAGGAGAGUCUACACAUCACCCAGCAGAUAGUGAACGGAGUAGAAUACAUCCACUCCAAGAAACUCCUACACAGAGACCUAAAGGUGGGUUACUUACCUACUUAUCUUGGCCACCUCGUCCAUCACAGUGGUUUUGGACCACGUUUUAUAUUUGAACAGCUUCUUUUUUUUUUUUUUUCAGCCCGCUAACAUCAUGUUUGGUAUUAGUGACGGAGAGGGUAAGGGAGAGGUAAAGAUCGGGGACUUUGGUCUGGUGACGGCAGAAGACAAUGACAACGAUGAAAACAUGCUGGAGAGAACGAAAAAGACAGGAACUAAGUCUUACAUGGCCCCUGAACAGGUAACUAACUCCCAAGUCUUACAUGGCCCCUGAACAGGUAACUAACUCCAAGUCUUACAUGGCCCCUGAACAGGUAACUAACUCCCAAGUCUUACAUGGCCCCUGAACAGGUAACUAACUCCCAAGUCUUACAUGGCCCCUGAACAGGUAACUAACUCCAAGUCUUACAUGGCCCCUGAACAGGUAACUAACUCCAAGUCUUACAUGGCCCCUGAACAGGUAACUAACUCCAAGUCUUACAUGGCCCCUGAACAGGUAACUAACUCUGUGAUGACACAGUUAGAAUACAGGUAUACCGGUUCUAAGUCAGGUGUUAUUACCACACCUGUUAAAGGAGCAAUCCGCAGUUGCUACAUACAUUUUUGGACUUCGAAAUUAAUUAUAUAUAACCAAUGAUUCUUGAAGGAUAUAAUUUAGAAAUGCCUCGUCAGCUUAGUUCAACUGUUGUACCCCGUCAGAACCCCAAAUAUAAGCUUGUUUUACUCCAAUGUUUGUAAACAUUGUAAAUGUAAACAAACACUGUAUAGCUUCAAAACAUGCUUGAAACUAUCAUUUUGAUGGUCAGUCCUUGCAUCCCAUAGCUCUGUCUAUGAAUUUGAGAGUGGUUACAUUUCUCCAGGCGUAUCCCUCAGCUUUUUACCAAAACACUUUUUACCAGACGCUUUUUUUUUAUUGUUUUAGAUGCAGAUUGCCCCCUGUAGCCAUUUCCUGCAGUCAAAUGACCAAAUCGCCCCCUAGUGGCCUCAUGAGUGGAAUGUUAUUAAUAUUUGUCAUAAUUGUAUAAUUAAUACAUAAUUUUUUUGUUGUUGCCGUAAUUCCGGUGUUUCUAUGUCUACCAGUUUUGUUCUAUUUCAGUCUUCUGUGAUGUAUAUAAAGUGUAAUAUUGGGAUGCAAACUCAAAACAAUUAAUAUAUUUCAACUCUAUAUCUGACAUGGUACAGGUGUCUUCUUUCUUUUAAGCCCAUAACCGUGUGUGUGAGGUGUAUACUUUUGUUUCAUAGUAGAUUUGUUUUAGACUACCAAGAGACACUGCAGUAAAAGGUUAAACAUGUCUAAUGAGUGUUAUGCAAUGUCCAAUCUGUGUCAACAGAGGAACCAGACCUCUUAUGACAGAAAAGUGGACAUAUUUGCGUUGGGUCUGAUCUACUUUGAACUGCUCUGGAACCUGUCUGGAAUGGAGAAAUCAAAGGUGACUGCGACAAUGACUUUUGAUGGAAGGAAUCAAGGAAAGAUUCAUUAAGAUAGUAUAUAUCAUAGUCAUAUAGGGUCUGCAGUGCAUUCAGAAAGUAUUCACACCCCUUGGCCUUUUUCCACAUUUUGAUGGGUUACAGCCUGAAUUUAAAAUGACGUUAAAUUUAGAUUCUGUGUCACUGAUCUACACACAAUACCCCAUAAUGUCAAAGUGGAAUUAUGUUUUUAGAAAUGUUUACAAAUUAAUUAAAAAUGAAAGGCUGAAAUGUCUUGAGUCAAUAAGUAUUCAACUCCUUUGUUAUGGCAAGCCUAAAUAAGUUCAGGAGUACAAAUGUGCUUAACAAGCCACAUAAUAAGUUGCCUAGACUCACACUGUGUCCAAUAAUAGUGUUUAACAUGAUUUUUAAAUGACUACCCCAUCUCUGUACCCCACACAUACAAUUAUAUGUAAGGUCCCUAAGUCAAGCAGAGAAUUUCAAGCAUAGAUUCAAACACAAAGACCAGGGAGGUUUUCCAAUACCUCGCAAAGAAGGGCACCUAUUGGUAGAUGGGUAAAAAAUAAAAAAAAAGCAGACAUUGAAUAUCCCUUUGAGCAUGGUGAAGUUAUUAAUUACACUUUGGAUGGUGUAUCAAUACACUCAGUCACUACAAAGAUACAGGCACCCUUCCUAACUCAGUUGCCAGAGAGGAAGGAAACCGCUCUGGGAUUUCACGAUGAGGCCAGUGGUGAUUUUAAAUCACACAGAGUUUAAUGGCUGUGAUAGGAGAAAACUCUGGAUCAACAACAUUGUAGUUACUCCACAAUACUAACCUAAUUGACUGAGUGAAAAGAAGGAAGCCUGUACAUAAUUAAAAUAUUCCAAAACAUGCAUCCUGUUUGCAAUAAGGCACUAAAGUAAUACUGCAAAAAAGAAAUUCACUUUUUGUCCUGAAUACAAAGCGUUGUGUUUGGGGAAAAUCCAACACAAGACAUAACUAAGUACCACUCUUCAUAUUUUCAAGCAUGGUGGUGGCUGCAUCUUGUUAUGGGUAUGCUUGUCAUUGGCAAGGACUAGAGAUUUUUUAGGAUAAAAAUACAUGGAAUAGAGCUAAGCACAGGCAAAAUCCUAGAGGAAAACCUGGUUCAGUCUGCUUUCCACCAGACACUGGGAGAUGAGUUCACCUUUCAGCAGGACAAUAAUCUAAAACACAAGGCCAAAUAUAGACUGGCGUUGCUUACCAAUAUGACACUGAUUGUUCCUGGGUGGCCUAGUUACAGUUUUGACUUAAAUUGCCUUGAAAAUCUAUGACAAGACUUGAAAAUGGCUGUCUAGCAAUGAUCAUCAAAGAAGUUGACAGAGCUUGAAUUAUUUUUAAAAGAAUAAUGUGCAAAUAUUGUACAAUCCAGGUGUGCAAAGCUCUUAGAGACUUACCCAGAAAGACUCACAGCUGUAAUCGCUGCCAAAGGUGAUUCUAACAUGUAUUGACUCAGGGGGUUGAAUCCUUAUCUAAUCAAAAUAUAUUAGUGUUUUAUUUGAGAGGACAUGCAGUCACCCCCCUCCACAGACACACUCCCGAUACGCAGUUUAAAGGCUGAGAGAGGAAACACAGAAAUACAUGUCUGUAAACACAUGUAAACACGUUAUAGACCUCUAUAAGUCUUUGUGUAAAGUGGAACCCAAUGCCAUACACAUAUCACUCACCAUAUGGACUCUUGCAGAAGUUGUUCUGGAUGUCUGCCUCUCCCUCAGCAGCCAGACUGCACAGAUAACUGUUCCUGAGGACACCAAGAGACAUGCCACGGAGAACAGGGACCCUGAUGAGCGUAAGCCGCUGAUCCCCCCACCCGAACCCCGACAGCAAGCCCCUCAACGGCACAGAAUGGAGCUCCGCCAGUGUACCCUCAGCCCGCACAGACGAACAGGCCUUACUCACAUCCAUCCUUACCAAGACAGCCGUGAACAUCAUCGACGUCUCGGCGGCAGACUCUCAAGGCAUGGAGCAACAUGAGUACAUGGCCAAAGCUCAGCUAUACAGUACAAAACUGGCCUUUGUUGAGUAACAGUCUGUCUCAGAAGAAGCCCCUCCCUCUCCCUUCCCUUCCCUCACCAGCCAGCCGCACUAAGUGCUCGCUAGUGAUCUGGUGCCAGACUCGGAUGUACAACAGGUGUCCAAGAUAGCUGCCUGUGCUUACAGUGCAAUCUCUCAGAUCAAGGUGGAUGCUAAAGAAGAGCUAGUGGUUCAAUUUGCCAUCCCCUGAUCUACCCUCUGGCCGCCAUAAUACUCAUCCCGUCCCGUCCCGUCCCCCAUACCCACAAUGCAUCUAUGAUUACCAGUCCUUGUGCUACCCAGCUAUGCCACUAGCAACCUGCUACUCCAGCUGAGGACUAUGACAACCAGGCCUCCCCUGCUGAAAAGGUUAACCAACCUCCUCAGAACCACCUUUCAAAGCCACCAUUCAUCCUUCCUUCACCAGCCGUCAAGGAAUGUUUUAACUCUCAUAUGGUAGUAUAACGAUAAUGGUGUCAGGGCAGCUUUUUGUAAUUUUUAAGUUUCUCGUUUGAAGAGUGACUGAGUCUGAUUUUAAUGAAUAAACGGUUAGCUAGCUGCGCGGCAUUGGCUAGGCUGCUGGUGGCGUUUAGCUCUGGCUGUGAGUUUAAACGGUUAGCUAGCUGCGCGGCAUGGCUAGGCUGCUGGUGGCGUUUAGCUCUGGCUGUGAGUUUAAACGGUUAGCUAGCUGCGCGGCAUUGGCUAGGCUGCUGGUGGCGUUUAGCUCUGGCUGUGAGUUUAAACGGUUAGCUAGCUGCGCGGCAUGGCUAGGCUGCUGGUGGCGUUUAGCUCUGGCUGUGAGUUUCAGGAGUGGCUAGCCUCGUCUGAUAUACAGCUACGGUAAUAUACUAACUAACUAACUAACUAACUAACUAACUAACUAACUAACUAACUAACUAACUAACUAACUAACUAACUAACUAACUAACUAACUAACUAACUAACUAACUAACUAACUAACUACAGCUAGGAAAAGAGGGUAAUUAAGCAUGUCCAAAUGUAGCACAGUAACAGGACAAAAAAAGAUGUCCACAGCCAGCCAACUCACUAGUCAGCAUGUUGUUCUGACACUGUGUGGACCCGUCACCCAGAACACACAUCCCACCCCUCAUGUCUCAUGUCAGUAUGAAAAAUAAUGUAUGCACUCACUAACUGUAAGUCGCUCUGGAUAAGAGCGUCUGCUAAAUGACUAAAAUGUAAAUGUAUUUUCCAUUCAUAAAAAAAAAUAAAAAAAAUUUGAAUUCUUCCUCUUUGACAUUACAGAGUAUUUUGUGUAGAUCGUUGACAAAAAAAAUGACAAUUAAAUCCAUUUUAAUCCCACUUUGUAACGCAACAAAACAUGGAAAAAGUGAAAGGGUGUGAAUACUUUCUGAAGGCCCUGUAUGUCAAUUACUUUGAUGUAGUAUACUCUUGAACUAUAAUGGAAUGUAGGCCUACAACCAGAAUGUACCAUAUCAUAACUGUAUGUAUUCCUUGUUUAGGUCUGGGAUGAUGUCAGAAGCAAGGUGUUUCCUCAACAGUUCGACACGCAGUUCCCCUUAGAGGUAGACAUACAUGUAUUUGGUUGAAAACAUAUUUUAGAACAUGUCAAAAGUGUGGAUGCUGUGGGUGGUUGUGUUACAGAACAAGGUGAUAGAGUGGAUGCUGUGGGUGGUUGUGUUAGAGUGGAUGCUGUGGGUGGUUGUGUUAGAGUGGAUGCUGUGGGUGGUUGUGUUACAGAACAAGGUGUUAGAGUGGAUGCUGUGGGUGGUUGUGUUAGAGUGGAUGCUGUGGGUGGUUGUGUUAGAGUGGAUGCUGUGGGUGGUUGUGUUAGAGUGGAUGCUGUGGGUGGUUGUGUUAGAGUGGAUGCUGUGGGUGGUUGUGUUAGAGUGGAUGCUGUGGGUGGUUGUGUUAGAGUGGAUGCUGUGGGGUGGUUGUGGUUUUAGAGUGGAUGCUGUGGGUGGGUUGUGUUACAGAACAAGGUGUUAGAGUGGAUGCUGUGGGUGGUUGUGUUAGAGUGGAUGCUGUGGGUGGUUGUGUUAGAGUGGAUGCUGUGGGUGGUUGUGUUAGAGUGGAUGCUGUGGGUGGUUGUGUUACAGAACAAGGUGAUAGAGUGGAUGCUGUGGGUGGUUGUGUUAGAGUGGAUGCUGUGGGUGGUUGUGUUAGAGUGGAUGCUGUGGGUGGUUGUGUUAGAGUGGAUGCUGUGGGUGGUUGUGUUAGAGUGGAUGCUGUGGGUGGUUGUGUUAGAGUGGAUGCUGUGGGUGGUUGUGUUACAGAACAAGGUGAUAGAGUGGAUGCUGUGGGUGGUUGUGUUACAGAACAAGGUGUUAGAGUGGAUGCUGUGGGUGGUUGUGUUACAGAACAAGGUGAUACAGUGGAUGCUGUGGGUGGUUGUGUUACAGAACAAGGUGAUACAGUGGAUGCUGUGGGUGGUUGUGUUACAGAACAAGGUGAUACAGUGGAUGCUGUGGGUGGUUGUGUUACAGAACAAGGUGAUAGAGUGGAUGCUGUGGGUGGUUGUGUUACAGAACAAGGUGAUACAGUGGAUGCUGUGGGUGGUUGUGUUACAGAACAAGGUGAUACAGUGGAUGCUGUGGGUGGUUGUGUUAGAGUGGAUGCUGUGGGUGGUUGUGUUACAGAACAAGGUGAUAGAGUGGAUGCUGUGGGUGGUUGUGUUACAGAACAAGGUGAUACAGUGGAUGCUGUGGGUGGUUGUGUUACAGAACAAGGUGAUACAGUGGAUGCUGUGGGUGGUUGUGUUAGAGUGGAUGCUGUGGGUGGUUGUGUUACAGAACAAGGUGUUAGAGUGGAUGCUGUGGGUGGUUGUGUUAGAGUGGAUGCUGUGGGUUGUUGUGUUACAGAACAAGGUGUUAGAGUGGAUGCUGUGGGUGGUUGUGUUACAGAACAAGGUGUUAGAGUGGAUGCUGUGGGUGGUUGUGUUAGAGUGGAUGCUGUGGGUGGUUGUGUUAGAGUGGAUGCUGUGGGUGGUUGUGUUAGAGUGGAUGCUGUGGGUGGUUGUGUUACAGAACAAGGUGAUAGAGUGGAUGCUGUGGGUGGUUGUGUUACAGAACAAGGUGAUACAGUGGAUGCUGUGGGUGGUUGUGUUAGAGUGGAUGCUGUGGGUGGUUGUGUUACAGAACAAGGUGAUAGAGUGGAUGCUGUGGGUGGUUGUGUUAGAGUGGAUGCUGUGGGUGGUUGUGUUAGAGUGGAUGCUGUGGGUGGUUGUGUUAGAGUGGAUGCUGUGGGUGGUUGUGUUAGAGUGGAUGCUGUGGGUGGUUGUGUUAGAGUGGAUGCUGUGGGUGGUUGUGUUACAGAACAAGGUGUUAGAGUGGAUGCUGUGGGUGGUUGUGUUAGAGUGGAUGCUGUGGGUGGUUGUGUUAGAGUGGAUGCUGUGGGUGGUUGUGUUACAGAACAAGGUGAUAGAGUGGAUGCUGUGGGUUGUUGUGUUACAGAACAAGGUGUUAGAGUGGAUGCUGUGGGUGGUUGUGUUACAGAACAAGGUGAUACAGUGGAUGCUGUGGGUGGUUGUGUUACAGAACACGGUGAUACAGUGGAUGCUGUGGGUGGUUGUGUUACAGAACACGGUGAUACAGUGGAUGCUGUGGGUGGUUGUGUUACAGAACACGGUGAUACAGUGGAUGCUGUGGGUGGUUAGGUUACAGAACACGGUGAUACAGUGGAUGCUGUGGGUGGUUGUGUUACAGAACAAGGUGUUAGAGUGGAUGCUGUGGGUGGUUGUGUUACAGAACAAGGUGUUAGAGUGGAUGCUGUGGGUGGUUGUGUUAGAGUGGAUGCUGUGGGUGGUUGUGUUAGAGUGGAUGCUGUGGGUGGUUGUGUUACAGAACAAGGUGAUAGAGUUGAUGCUGUGGGUGGUUGUGUUACAGAACAAGGUGAUACAGUGGAUGCUGUGUGCCAACCCAGAGGAGAGACCAGAUGCCAGGCAGCUGAAAACAAAACUGAACCAGUGUUUUGUUCCGACCAGGGAUAACAACUUCCAUCAAGACAACAUGACCAUCUAAAGACAGUCAGUCGUAUUCAUAAAGGGUCUCAGAAUAGUAUUAAUUGUGAUAUAAAAUGUACAAUUGAUCCUAGAUCAGCUUUCUACUCUGAGAGC